GAUAUGAUGGACAAGCUGGCUUUUCCUUUGGCAGAAAAAUAAAUACUCAAUUCUGUGACAAAAGUUAUCUUACAUUUCACCAAGCCCUCUCCUUUUUCUCUUCUGAGCCCAGAACUUAAGGCAGGUGUCUCUGUGAAUUGAGAUGGGUGCUGUUCGUGAGAAGUUGUUAAAAGGCUUAAGCUGGAGCUGGCAGAUACAGAAAAGAAGAAGACAUCCAACUGAUCCUUUUUUUGAGGAUGGGGAUUUGGUGUGUUGUUUGGCCGGUAAGCAGAUUCCCUUUGCAGAGCAGGAGGAUUUUUUCUGUCACAGGCUACCAGAGUUUGUUUGCUCCAUUGCUCGCUGCAGUAAGUCUUUUGAUAACAUUUUAAGCUAUGAAGCCCACUACAACUCUAACCACAGGAACAGUUGUGGGUCAUGUGGCAGGUCUUUCCCUUCCAAUCGUCUCUUAGAGCUCCACAUCCUGGAAACACAUGACAGCAUGUUUGAAGUGCUUUCUACCAAACAAAACAUGUUUCAGUGCCUAGUAGAGGAAUGUUAUGAAAAGUUUCCCUCACCUCUGCUGAGAAAGGAUCACUUAGUGAAAGUUCAUCAUUACCCAGCCAGUUUCCGCUUCCACAGGGAGAAGAAAGCACACUCAAGAUACAGGUGUAUGCAGCCAGCAAAGGACCCUGAAAAUGGUGUAGAACCCAUGGAGAGUGAGUCCGUAUGCCACCCAGGGUUUGCCAGAGCACCCCAACUCACAACUCAGCCUGGGAGUCAAGACAGACAGCCCAGGAGGGUGUUCAGCCACAAUGUUCCUAAAUCCAUCACAUUUGGUCAAGGAGUUUCCCGUGGGUUUCACCGCCGAGGCCGAGGCAGGGUCAGGGGUUCGCACGCAAAGGCCAGUCACUGGCACCAAAAAGCUGGAGAGGUGAUGGAGAUGGACACAACCGUGGACAUAGAGGCAGUCAAUAUGGGUGAUCUGGCCUCAGCACUGAAUACGUGAUGUCAGGAUGCUGAUAGUGGGAACAAUUAAAUGGAGAAAAAGUUGCAGGAAAUUCUUGGAGUAGAUGAUUUGAAUGCAGAAGUACAUGUAUACUAGAUCUUUUCCAGAUAUUUCUUUAUAAUCUAGUGUUUGAAGAUUCAGUGGGGAAAAUCUGAAACGUGAUGAAACUAUUGCUGUGUUAUUUUCACGAAGACCUUGAAGGCAAGAGUCAUUUGGGAGUAUUAAAUCUGAAUGUGAAAGGCCUUCGUGAAAUAAGCUCUCUGGUGCUGCUUUUCUAGGAGUCUGGAGUUCACAGAAGUCUGGAAUAAUGACACUUUUUGGUGCUUCUUUUCAUAUCCACAGACAUGAUAAAUUUGAGAGAUUUACUGUUCAAAUUCAUACAUGUAUCCAUACUAAAAUGAAUUCCCUGUCUGCUUACAAAACGUGAAAUACAUGUGAAGUUUAUUUUAUUUGAUUGGUGUUUUAUGCCGGACUCAAGAAUGUUUCACUUAUAUGACGGCAGCCAGCAUUAUGGUGGGAGGAAACCGGGCAUAGCCCGGGGGAACAUGUGAAGUUUAAGAAAUGUUUGGUGGUAAAUGCAGACAAUUUAUUCCAUUUGAUUUAUAAUAUGCUGCUAGUCUGUUCAAUUUUCUUAGGUUUGAAAACAUCCAAAUAAAAUUUCAUUUGAAGAAUUUGAAUUAUUUAAAAAAUUAUGCUGUUUUAAUAUUGUUGUUGGCUCAGUGACCCAGGAGCCUCUCACUUAUGCGGUCGCUGUGAGUUCAAGUCCAGCUCAUACGGGCUUCCUCUGCGGCUGUACGUGGGGAAGUCUGUCAAGAGCCUGCGGAUGGUUGUGGUCUUCCCCCGGGCUCUGCCUGGUUUCCUUCCACUAUCAUGCUGGUUACAGUUUUAAAAAAUGAAAUAUUCUUGAUUACAGCGUAAAUCACCAAUUAAAUAAAUAAUAAAUAAAUAUUGUUAUUGCGGAUGUCAAAAAGGGGUUACUGUCAUGGACUAGUUGAUGCCUGUUUAUAUGCUCUCUUCAUUGAUAUAUGCACUGUAUAUUACAAAAUGCUGUUUUACUUCCAGGUAACACUAACAUUUUUGAUUGUUAUAAUUUCUGGCCAAGUCCAGAUUUCUCACAAAUUAGCCGAUUUUUAAGUUUCCUAUAUAUUUUUGUACCCUCCUCUCUGACAUUGUAAAAAGAUUUAUUCUGCCCAUAAUACAACAAUCUAAAUUGGUGUGGCCUGUAAGAAAAUUGUGAAAAAAACCAAACCCAUUUGGUAUUUCCUCAAAAACAACUCACAAAUGUUGUUGUCACUAACUAUUAAGGCCUGCGGCAGGAAACAUAUUUUUUGAAAAAGGAUACUGAGGCAGAAAUUGAAAAUUUUGUGAAGUGGAACACAGGACAAUUAGAACUAAAUGUAGCAGUUCUUGCUCGCCCAGCCUGGGCUUAUAGAGGACAGGACAAAAGAUCUUAGAGGUCAAUAUCUAGAGGAGUUACUUGUCUUUCAAUAUCUGGGAAAUAUGGGACAUGGGUUCAAUCCAAGGCUCGGACAGGGGAUUUUCAGGAUUUUUCUGAUAUUCUUGGGGCUUUGGUUGUUACAGUGUUCACUUGUGUAGUCUACCAUCUGACCUUGAUGUUCCCUGGAGACCACUUAGUUGCUUUCCAUCAGUAUGACAUAUAUUGCACCUGGGAAAAUUCGCACUUCAGUUUUCUCCACCACAAAACUGGCCUCCAUCAUGAAGGUUGAAAGUUCUUGAGAGUGGUGUUUAACAACAUUAAGUAUGUUAAGUUGAUAAGUUGAUGUUGGUUCAGUGCAAGCGGCAUUCAAUUCUCCCACCACUGUUCUUGGGCUUCAUUAUCAAGGACACAUGAUGUUCGAGUUUGAAGCUCAUGUUGACUUACCCUAGGCAGGCAAUUUAUAGAUUCCCUCACUCUCUAUGCAUUCGCUUGGUGUUGAACAGUAAUCAAAUAAACAAAAUAAAUCAAUACGGUUAUAA